AUGACCCGCAGCCUGAUAGUCAAGAAUCCACCAAAGGGCAGAAACGCAAGAUCACCGACAACUUCAACUGUUCAUAGGAUCGCCAAAACUGCCACUGCCACUGCCAGUACUGAGAGAAUGCCGAAUCCUUCGAUUGAAGGGCAGGUCCCUAUGGAUAUUGAUAUCGACUCGUCUGAGUACGAGACCGACAGCGACGCUGAGCCUGAAGAAUUCUACCGCCCCCCCCUCCAACCUCCCCCGCCCCGCCCCCUCUCUAGCACCACCCGCUCGGGCCGCACCGGCCGCCGCCAGCUCCCCAAGCGCCCACGCACCACGCCCCCCUCCUCGGACGACGAAGAAAACCCCGUCUCGCGCUGGGCCCACGGCGAUCAUGGGCGCCUGCAGAUCCUCGACCUGCACACCGAGAAUCCCCUCCUCUCGUUCGGAAACCGCAUCUGGUCCGGCUCCUGGACCGCCACCGUCGGCACCGAGAUCUACGUGCGCUGCCCCGAGGGCCCCGCGCCCGAAGACACCCACGAGGUCCGCGGCGUCUACGUCUCGCAGAAAGACACCAGUGCUGCCGCGGCCGCCGGCGCCCAUGUCGCUGCUGGCGCGGGCGGCGAGGAGGACCGCGAGGACCCCCGUGCGGGACAGGUGAUUGCCACCGCGGGGGUGAGGCUGCACUGCUUGCCGGCGGUGCUGACGGCGAAGCAGAGGCCGUUGGCGGCGCUUGCGGGGGAGCGGACGUAUGGGUGGCGGCCGGGGAAGAGCAGCUUUUUGGACCGCCUGGAGGAGAUACAGAUUGCGAAGGGGGAGAAGAAGCCGCGUGGGGAGAGGGAGGGGAGUACGGAGGGGACGGGGAUGGAAAGUGAGACGGAUGGGGAACGGGGUCAGGUGCCGCCGAGGGUGGGGUCGUCGGCGUUUCAGAAUCGGGUGGAUGCGAGUGGGGUGGAUGGGGAUGGGAGGGGGUGGGAAGGGGUUGGAUACGGUGGUGGAGGAGAGUGCGGUGGUGGGGACGGCGAAGGGGAAGGAGAGGGCUUUUUAGUAGCGGGAUAG